GAUGGUUCAGCAUUUCUCUUGGCAUCCUGCUGAGGUAAUUCUGUGCAAAUAAUAGGCCUAAAUGUGGAAUGUAUUAGUUUCAAAUCCUAGUCGUUACAUGGUUUUAUACCAUUUAAAUAAUCUCUUAUUAUUACACAAUUGGAGUUCAGGUCAUACAGACCUUCGCUAAAGUUCCUCUGCAGUGGAUGGGAUGUCCGGUUACAUGCGGCGAGAACACUGCAGUCAGCGAUAACGCCUAGGCUGGCUGUCAACCUGCAGAAAGACCCCCUAUCUCCGAUCAUCUCCAACUAACAUUGUUCGUGCUCAACUUUUAGCCUAGAAAACCUACUGGUGAAGACAGUGUUUUUAACAUGCUGUUUUGACAGAGCAGUGAGACGUUUUUCUACCUUUUGGGAGGUUUUCAGAGCGAUCGUUACGUGCCAGUCACGUGUCAGCCCCUGUGAGAGCGACUUUGGUUCGUGCGACCCUUCUUAAUUAAUCGCAAAUGUUCUGUUGAACUCUGACGGGGGAAUACACACAGUUAACUAAAGUUAUGUCUCAUUCAUCCUCAAAGGAACGGGUCCUGUUAUGUCGAUGUAUAUGCCAAGGAAACUUCUCCAAGUAGGAGCAGCCUAUUAAGUGCACAAUCAAAAGGACAGAGGGUGCACCUAAAAUGUAGGAAUCUCCCAUCUAGCUCUUCGAGCGCAGAACACCGUCGAUAUUGCUUACUAUUUGAGAUCAAGAGGAAAACACUGCAAAAUCUGAUGGAAGAUUAAGAGUUGUGACUGUAGGGUGAGUGAGGGGCCACAAUGCAACAAGAAAACUCUGAUCUAAAAAGAGAACAACUGGUCCAGCAGAUUUGUAUAUGGUGCAAGGCUAACCUUGAUACAGCUGUAGAUGUAUCUCCCUAUCCAGACACACCAGAGGAUGACGCUACAGUAGACAACAAAUCUUCUUUUCAAUUCUCUCUUGUAACAUCUCUGCUGCUGCUGCUUUCACCAUGCUACCUAAAGAACACAACAGUGUUGCAUUGUUGUGGUAUGUUUGCAGCGAGCCCAAGGCUGCCAAGCUCAGCCUGUUCAACAGGAAUAAUGCCCUGAACGCCUGUAUGAAGAAAGAGGAGAAGAAAGAGAAGGAGAUUCAUUAUGAGGAUUCCCCGGAUGGUGGCUGGGGCUGGAUGGUCGUACUUCACUGCUUCCUGGUGAAUGUGCUGGUGAUGGGGACCCUGAAGACCUUUGGGAUCUUUUUCGUGGCAUUCCAGGAUGAGUUCGGAGGGUCGGCAGAGAGUAUCAGCUGGAUCGGCUCGAUCAUGUCUAGCCUGCGGCUCUCUGGAGGUCCCCUGGCCGCUGUAUCGUGUGUGAAGCUGGGUAACAGAGUGACCUCUAUAGCUGGGGCUGUGCUGGUCGGUGUAGGCUUCCUCAUGAGUGUCUUUGCCACCAGCGUGGUAUACCUAUACAUCAGCAUGGGGCUGAUUGUGGGCCUUGGUUUUGCACUCCUGUACCAAGCCACCUCUGUUGUCACGGCAACAUAUUUCCGUAAGAGGUUAGCGACGGCAUACUCCAUUGGGCGAUCUGGGAUGGGCUUGACCUUCGCCCUCGCCCCUUUCACUCAGCUGCUGCUGGAUCAGUACGCCUGGCAAGGAGCUCUGCUAAUCCUAGGAGGCCUGAUGUUAAACCUGGUGGCCUCUGGGAUGCUGCUAAGACCCAUACACGUGAAGCCUGCACCACCCCCUUCCUCAUCCUCAUCUUCAUCCAUCCAAAAAAGCCCUCUGAUAGGUCCAGAGAAGGAGAAGGACCGCCCUCAGAAUGGAUGCUGCUUUAACAGAUCCACAACGUUAACCAAUGGCAUCGCCAAAUCAGACUCUUCUCCUUCAACUCCACAACCCCUGCACUGGGACACUGAGACCUCAGAGAAGGACUCCACACUUGGGUUGAGUCAGAGCUACCACAGGCCCCCACCUCCACCAAACCCUGAACUGACCAAGCUGGUACAAAACAGUGUGAAUGGGCACGUUCAGGAGGCAUCACCCCCCACGGCCACCAUAGACAGCCCCAGCCUCAUGGAACAGAACGGUACCAUUAGCCUAAACGGUUCCACUGUGUUUGGGUUCUCCUCACCUAAUGGCACUACCACUGUGGAUGAUCACAUCCCACCGGCCGUGAAAAAUAACAGAGUCCUAGACUUCUCCCUGUUGAAGAACCCCUUCUUCUGCAUCUACACUUGGUCCGUGGUGUUCAGCCAGCUGGCUUACUUCAUCCCCUACUUCCAUUUGUCUGCCCGGGCCAGGAACCUGGGUAUAGAUGCCAUGGACGCUUCCUUCAUCAUCUCUGUGGCAGGUAUCACAGAGACUAUAGCCCAGCUAGGCUCUGGUUGGCUAGCGGAUAAGAACCCGUUCCAUAAGUACCACUAUCACAAGGCCUACCUGAUCCUGUGUGGAGUGGUCAACCUGUUUGCCCCACUCGCUAACACCUACAUCAAGCUCAUGGUCUACGCUGUCUUCUUUGCCAUCUUCUGUGGCGGUUACAUGGCACUGCUACUGCCUGUCCUGGUGGAUCUGGUAGGGCAAGAGAAACUCAACAACUCCAUGGGAUUUUCUAUGUUCUUCGUAGGCCUCGGCUGUCUGACAGGACCUCCUCUCGCAGGUUUCCUGUAUGACUACACCCAGACCUACGACUGCUCCUUCUACCUGGCGGGGGUGUGUUACCUGCUCUCCUCUGUCUCUCUCUUCCUGGAGCCCGUGGCGAGGAGGUGGGAGAGCAGAAAGAGGAGACGCGGGGCCCGCGACGUAGACACCAGCUGGAAGACUAACGGCUGCUUCUGCCCUGAGCUUCCUGUCCUGAAGAACAGCAACAACAAUGGCGCCGUCUAGAGGGUAGUUUCACCCCAGCUAGCACAUUUGGUUCCUUGGAAGUUCGUAUGCAAAAUAACCAUAGGGCAAUCACCAUGCUUUAACAAUCACUAUGGGCCUUAAAACUUUUGGUGCUAGCUGGGACAUUAAGCCUGGAAUCGAGGCUAUGUAGAUGCAGGGAGGGCAGGGUUGGCUUCCUGUUCCUAAUAUAUGUCAUUUAGCAGACGCUUGAUAAUUAUUCAAAGCGACUUACAGUAAAGUGAGUACAGACAUUUUGGGGAUUUGUGAUCCCAGCGGGAAUCGAACCUGCGACCUUGGCAUUACUAGCACCAUUGCUCUUACUGAGACACACGUAACCAUGUAGAUGGAGGGAGAGCAGAGUUGGCUACUUCCCCUUUCUCUCUCCUUCCUUAAAACAAGCAUGUGCCAACUGUGCCAGUUACCCAGCUUUUGGGUGGACUGAAAUGACCCUGCUGCUUUGGCGAAAGCCAAGGAAUACCCGACUGACUGACUGACUGUCUGACUGAGGAGAAGGCCAAGGAAUACCCAACUGACUGACUGACUGUCUGACUGAGGAGAAAGCCAAGGAAUACCCGACUGACUGUCUGACUGACUGAG